AUGUCCUUGUCAGCAGAUAUAUGCAGAGUCUGCCGGUCUGAAGGAACUCCUGAGAAACCUCUCUAUCAUCCAUGUGUGUGUACUGGCAGUAUUAAAUUUAUUCAUCAGGAAUGCUUAGUUCAGUGGCUUAAACACAGCAGAAAAGAAUACUGUGAAUUAUGUAAGCACAGAUUUGCUUUCACACCAAUUUAUUCCCCAGAUAUGCCUUCACGGCUUCCAAUCCAAGACAUCUUUGCUGGACUGGUUACGAGUAUUGGCACAGCAAUACGAUACUGGUUUCACUAUACACUUGUGGCCUUUGCAUGGUUGGGAGUAGUACCUCUUACUGCAUGUCGUAUCUACAAGUGCUUGUUUACUGGCUCUGUGAGCUCACUACUGACACUGCCAUUAGAUAUUCUGUCAACGGAGAACUUACUGGCUGACUGUUUGCAGGGCUGUUUUGUGGUAACGUGCACUCUGUGUGCAUUUAUCAGCCUUGUUUGGUUACGUGAACAGAUCAUCGUCCACGGAGGAGCACCACAGUGGUUGGAACAAAAUCAACAGCAGCCACUAAAUGGUGUUGGUCAACAAAAUGAGGCUGUUGUAAAUGGAGGUGUUGAAAAUGCUGUGCUUGAUCAACCUGCUAACCCAGCUGCUGAGAAUGUAGUUGUAGGUGAGAACCCUGAAAUUCAAGAAGAACAAGUAGAUGAGGAGGAAGAGGAUAAUGAAGAUGAAGAAGAUGCUGUAGUAGAAGAUGCAGCAGAUGCAAACAAUGGAGCACAAGAUGAUAUGAACUGGAAUGCUUUGGAAUGGGAUCGAGCAGCAGAAGAACUUACUUGGGAGCGAAUGCUUGGACUUGAUGGAUCUCUGGUUUUUUUAGAACACGUCUUUUGGGUGGUGUCUUUAAAUACGUUGUUCAUACUUGUCUUUGCAUUUUGUCCAUACCACAUUGGUCACUUCUCCAUUGUUGGCCUGGGCUUUGAGGAAUAUGUUCAAGCAUCUCACUUUGAAGGCUUGAUAACAACUAUAGUUGGAUAUGUCCUGCUAGCAGUGACUCUAAUUGUUUGUCAUGGUUUGGCAGCACUUGUGAAGUUCCAGCGAUCACGUCGUUUAUUAGGAGUGUGCUAUAUUGUUGUCAAGGUUUCCUUGUUAGUGGUGGUUGAAAUCGGUGUGUUUCCUCUCAUCUGUGGCUGGUGGCUGGAUAUAUGCUCCUUGGAGAUGUUCGAUGCCACUUUGAAAGACAGAGAAUUGAGCUUUCAGUCUGCUCCAGGUACCACAAUGUUCCUGCACUGGUUAGUUGGAAUGGUUUACGUCUUCUAUUUUGCAUCCUUCAUUCUUUUACUGAGAGAGGUAUUGAGACCUGGUGUCUUAUGGUUUCUCAGGAAUCUGAAUGAUCCAGACUUUAAUCCUGUGCAGGAAAUGAUUCACUUGCCCAUCUAUAGACAUCUCAGGAGGUUUAUCAUGUCAGUGAUUGUCUUUGGAUCAAUUGUACUGCUCAUGCUCUGGCUUCCUAUACGCAUCAUUAAGUAUCUCUUGCCUAACUUUCUUCCAUAUAAUGUUAUGCUCUACAGUGAUGCUCCAGUAAGUGAACUUUCCCUAGAGCUCCUCUUGCUUCAGGUGGUGCUUCCAGCUUUGCUAGAGCAAGGACAUACAAGACAGUGGUUGAAAGGUCUUGUACGAGCAUGGACUGUUACUGCUGGAUACUUGCUGGAUCUUCAUUCUUACCUACUUGGUGACCAGGAAGAGAAUGAAAACAAUGCAAAUCAGCAGCCUAACAACCAGCAUGCUCGCAACAACAAUGCCAUUCCAGUUGUGGGAGAAGGUCUUCAUGCAGCCCAUCAAGCCAUACUUCAACAAGGAGGACCUGUGGGUUUCCAGCCUUAUCGUAGGCCUUUAAAAUUCCCGCUCAGGAUAUUUCUUUUGAUUGUGUUCAUGUGCAUAACAUUACUGAUUGCUAGUCUUAUCUGCCUUACCUUACCAGUGUUUGCUGGCCGAUGGCUAAUGUCCUUUUGGACGGGGACUGCCAAAAUCCAUGAGCUGUACACAGCUGCUUGUGGUCUUUACGUCUGUUGGCUAACUAUCCGAGCAGUGACAGUGCUGGUUGCCUGGAUGCCACAGGGUCGUAGAGUGAUUUUUCAGAAGGUCAAAGAAUGGUCUCUUAUGAUAAUGAAGACAUUAAUAGUGGCUAUACUGCUAGCUGGUGUGGUUCCACUUCUGCUUGGUCUCCUCUUUGAACUGGUCAUCGUUGCACCCCUGAGAGUUCCUUUGGAUCAAACACCUCUCUUCUAUCCUUGGCAGGACUGGGCUCUUGGAGUUCUGCAUGCCAAAAUAAUUGCUGCCAUAACACUGAUGGGUCCCCAGUGGUGGCUGAAAACUGUUAUUGAACAGGUAUAUGCAAAUGGGAUUCGUAACAUUGACUUGCACUUCAUCAUCCGUAAGCUGGCAGCACCCGUGAUCUCUGUUCUGCUGCUCUCCCUGUGUGUACCAUACAUCAUAGCUUCUGGUGUUGUACCUCUGCUCGGAGUUACAGCUGAAAUGCAAAACCUAGUUCAGCGACGGAUUUAUCCUUUUCUGCUUAUGGUGGUGGUUUUGAUGGGAAUUCUCUCCUUCCAAGUCCGCCAGUUCAAGCGCCUUUAUGAACAUAUUAAAAAUGAUAAGUACCUUGUUGGACAGCGACUUGUGAAUUACGAGCGGAAAUCUGGUAAACAAGGCACAUCAACAACUCCACCUCAGUCUUCACAAGAAUAGAUGGUCAUAUUAAACAUCUUGACUUUCCCUUUGCCUUUACAUGUCCUUUUUUCAUAGACUCUUCUUGUCUUUGGAUAUCUCUCCCAAUAAUACUCUCAGCAGUGUUUUGGCUUCUGUUAGUAGCAUCCAGAUAGCAGUUAAGGCUCUGUCCCUUAUCUGCUUUUUCUGAUGUUAUAAAUGCUGUCUGAGGUCUGUAUAUGUGUAAAUAGAAGUAUCCUGACACCCUAAAACCUUGGAUUAAAAAGAAUGUGCAUUGUACAUCUUAAAAAAGUAUAUUAAUUUAUUAAAUCUAGUUGUCACUUUAUUUUGGACUGCUGUUCUGUUGACAAUGUGCCACAAAGCAAUAGUGCGAAGAGGCAAGAUGUUUUUAUAAAAUUUGGAGCUUACUUUAUGGUGUUCAUAACAGUUCUUAUUGUAGUAAUAUAGUAUGAUUUUUCCAUGAGUGGAAAGGCCACACAGAGAAUAUCAAAAGUUAAUAACUGUCUUACAGUCAGCAAUGAAGUGGCUGUGGUGAGAACAUAUUGAACUAUGUAUCUUGCUGUCAAGUCUUUUUUAUUAUUUUGUAUAACACCAAAGCUGUUGUACAUUUUUCUAUUGCCUGAUUGUUUUUCAUGUGUC